UCGCGCCGGUCACAACACUCACAUGAGAGAGAGGAAGAGGGAGGCAGCGGGCAGCGAGCGAAGAAUACGCACGAUUUACGCGCAAUUCUUCGCUUUUACGCAUCGCUUUGCACGUUGGAGCGGAUCAUUCGUGUUCUGUAGCGGGACACGGGGCAGCGACGCACGGGGGCACGGAGCCAGGAUACAACGCGCGUUUAUUCUAACCGGAGGAGAGUACAGCGUAUCGAGGCACGGCUGCGCUCCACGGGCACUUUGGAACACUUUAUUAUCGCGCGCAGGCUUGGAACAGCAAUACCCGGAAAGCUACCUCCAAACCCGGGUUAUAUUUACGCUCUCCCCCGCUAGCAGUCGGACUAUUCCUCCUGUGGAUAAUACGAGCCCAGCGGAUGUAAGUGCUGACUUGUGCCCGCUUUGUGCACACUAACCACGGGUAAGGCAAUAAGGACAACCGGAGAGCGGAGCGAGAACUAAUCAGGUGUUGCGUUCAGGGACUGCAAUAAAAACAAUAAUAAUAAUUACAAAGAGGUUUUGUUUUGGAUCUGAGGCAUUCACGGGUCAGCCAGGAUGCGCGGCGCUUGCUGAACUCUCCCCCCCUCCCCGGAGAAGAGGCGAGGAUGACGGGACCGGUGGCCGCGUUGGUGUCGCUGCUCCUGGUUGUGUGUGGAGGAGGAGGCGGCGGUGGCGGUGGAGUAACCCGAGCGGCCAGCGUGGGGAGCGCGCACGGAGACACUGUCCUGGGUCCGUCAGAUCUGGCUGGAGUGUCCAACCUGAGUGUCUUCCUCCUGGACAGACACUCUGGACUGCUCUACCUUGGAGGACGAGAUGCUCUGCUGCAGCUGGACACGACCAAUCCCACCCAACCACCCCGCAAGAUCGUAUGGAACGUGCCCCCAGAGAAGAGGAGCUCCUGUGUCGCCAAAGGCAAGACUGAGGCCGACUGUAACAACUACAUCCGGCUGCUGGAGUUCCUGGAAGACGGCCGGGUCUAUGUGUGCGGGACGUAUGCAUUUGACCCACAGUGUGCCUUUGUGGAUGUGGCGUCCUUCAGCCUGCAGAGGACAGAGGACGGGGCUAUCCACAUGGAGACAGGGAAGAGCAAGUGUCCAUUUGAGCCCAGCCAGCACUACACGGCUGUGAUGGCAGGAGGAACCUUGUACACUGCAGCCACCAGUAACUUCCUGGGGACUCUGUUUGACAUCUCCAGAGCCACAGGGCCCGAGGAGAACCGCAUCCGCAUGGAGCAGUCCACCAACUGGCUUAACGACCCAGAGUUCGUGAGCUCAGCGUUCAUUGAGCAGUCACCCAACAACAACCCGCGUGGAGAUGAUGAUAAGAUCUACUUCUUCUUCACUGAAGUGUCCAAAGAGUACGAGCUCUACACCAAGGUCAAAGUGCCCCGUGUGGCUCGGGUCUGCAAGUCGGAUGUGGGGGGCAUGAAGACCCUGCAGAAACGCUGGACCACCUUCCUGAAGGCUCAGCUGGUGUGUGAGGACAAGCCCAGUGGACAGCGCUACAAUGUCCUCACAGAUGUCUUCACCACAGAGCACAUCCCCGGGGACCCCAGCAGCACUCACUUCUACGGGCUCUUCUCGUCUCAGUGGGAGGGCGCAGACGUGUCAGCCGUGUGUGUCUUCAGUCUGUCGGACAUUAACAAAGUCCUGGACGGUCCUUUCAAAGAGCUCAAGAAGUGUGAGAACUGGUUCAACCCCGAGCCAGUGCCCAGCCCCCGGCCUGGACAGUGCCUGGACAGCGAGCUGCGGGCGUCGGGCUUCGACUCGUCCCUCAAACUCCCAGACAAAGUGCUGACGUUUGUGCGAGACCACCCCCUGAUGGAGAACAGCGUGAUCGCAGCGCCCCUGCUGGUGCGGAGGGGCGUCCGCUACACCAAGCUGGCCGUGAGCCUGGUGCAGAGACAGGGGCAGAGCAGGAGGGCGCUGCUGCACAUCGGGACAGAUCGGGGGGAGCUCCACCGGGUGGCAGUAGUGGCUCAGAAUGCUACUUUACUCCAGGAGAUUCCUCUGUUCAGCCCUCCAGAGCCCCUCAACAACAUCCUGCUGCACCAGGGUCGUGUGCUGGUAGGCGGUCCUCGCUCUCUGGCCCUGCUCCCGUCCGAGGGCUGUGGACUGUACCGCACCUGUCAGGAGUGUGCACGAGCCCGAGGUCUGGGGUGUGAGUGGAACCUCUCCAAGAGCACCUGCGCCGCCUCCAGCUCACUGCCCGAAGCUGGAGACAUGAUCGACGAGGCCCUGAAGAUGUGUGACCCACAACAAGGCCGCUGCUCCCCUUCCCUCACAGAGAAGCGGGUGGUACUGGGCCUUCGGGUGCUGCUGCCCUGUGUGCAGCUGUCCCCCCGGCCUUGCUCCUGGGAGCACCCCCCUGACCGCCUCACCCGCCAGCACCACUCAGACCUGGAGGUGACAGUGAGUGAGGACAGCCUGGGCACCUACAUCUGCACCUGCCAGGAGGCGGGACCUGGCGCCACUGAGCCCACCCCCUGUCGCAGAGCGGCCUAUCAGCUGACACUGGCAGAUCCUACCGUUGGAGGAAAUGUGGCAUUGGCGGGCGGUCGGCAUGUGCUGGCCAUCUACAUCCUGGUGUUUUUGCUGGGUCUGCUCUGUGGCGCACUGGUGCUGUUGUUUGUUUUGCGGAGGCCGGGCAGCCCCAGGCGAGCCGGGCCCCUGCCUGACUCUUCUCUUUCGGAGAAGGGCCGCGAUCUCCUGGGCUCCUCCGCCACGCCCCAGUCCCCCAGUAGCACCAGCCUCUUCUCUGAGGGCUUCCCCCUGACAGACAAACGCAACGGCACCGCCCCCUCCACCACCAGCACCACCCUGCUCAGUAACCACGGCAACGGUGCUCACCACAGCAACAGCUACAUAAACAAUGGCAAUGGCAACGGGAUAUACUCAAACUGUAACUCGAGGGGCAGCCGCCUCCGGCUGGGCUCCAGUCUCUCCACUGCAGAACUUAUGGAUCCAAGGACGAGCCAGCGUGAAACACCUGAAGGGGACAGGAGGGAGGCCGGGGAGGGCGACGAGAAGGAGCCCGCUCUGGGGGGCGCUCUCACGGACCCUGUGGGGGGCACUCUCACAGAUGGACUGGACAUGGAGCUCAGCUUGCCCAUGUUUAAAUCCACAGCUCCACUGGCCAAGUGUGAGGAGAGCUCCAUAUGAAGCUGCUGGAGCAGAAACUUGAUUUAUACUCCCCCUUCAGGAGGGAGGACUGCUCUGGUGUGCCCGCCCCUCCAAGGACUGUGUGAGGCAGAUGUGGGCGGGGCUCACAUAUGAUGUGGGCGGGACUCACAGACGAUGUGGGCGGGGCACAUAGCAGACGCCAAAGGCCUGUGGGCCGGGCUGGUCUUGGAGCUGCACACACUGGGGGAAGUAGGACACUUAAAGCCAUAAUACUGUCUGUGUUUGUUUCCGUGCGGCACCGGCUCCUGUCCACAAACCUGAGCCUCCACAGCUGUCCCCCUACAGGCACCCGUGCCUCGGACUCACCCACUCAGAGCCUGGCAUGUGAACGCAUCCUUUCACCCAGGGGUGCCCACCUGUACUGUCACUGUUGUCAGUACUGGAUCAUUCCUAUGACAGCCCUGUGUGAGACAGGCCUCAGACUGGACUCAGACUGUGUGUGCUCUGUGGGUUCACCUCCUCUUCACAGUGACCUCUCACACCAAAUGUUGAGUCACAUGCUUUACCCUUUUGAUAAUAAAGCUUGAAAUCUCGA